GGCAUAGUUCUCCGCAGGCACGCAGAUAUAUGACUUUAUGAUGAAGAUAAACGCAGAGCACGGUCUGUCUUUGAAGAGCUACGAUGACCUUUGGCGUUGGAGUGUCUCGGAGCCUGCACUGUUCUGGGAGCGGAUAUGGCACUACACAGCGAUCAAGUCUCAUAAACCAUAUGACCGUGUCCUCGACUCUGAUCAAGAUCUCUUCCCUAGACCCAACUUCUUCGAGGGUAGUAGACUGAACUUCGCUGAGAAUCUUCUCUACCCAGCUAGCGCGCUCGGUGAGAAUGAGGUGGCGAUAAUCGCUGCUACGGAGUCGGAACGAGAGUAUGUUUCAUGGAAAGAGCUGCGUGAACGCGUCCGGCAAUGUGUCAACUCCCUAAAGGAAGCGGGCCUACAGUCCGGGGAUCGUGUGGCGGGGUUUCUAGGCAAUCAUACCAAUACCGUUGUUGCUAUGCUGGCGACAGCUUCCAUAGGAGCAUUCUGGACCGGCGUCUCCCCAGACACGGGUGUGCACGCAGUGUUAGAGCGUUUGAAACAGAUAGAACCGAAGAUUCUAUUCGCUGACAAUGCCUCAUUAUAUAAUGGCAAAGUGCAUGGGGCAGAGGCCAAAAUCCGACAAAUUGUUCCAGGACUGCCAAACCUGGAGCUGCUUGUUGUAUUCGAGACAAUCAAGUCACACCGGAUCAAUCUUGAGGAGCUGUCACCUGUUCAGGGAAAGGUAUCUACGUACGAGUCUUUCCUCUCUGCCGCCAGCAACCCUUCGGCUCCUCUCGAAUUUGCAAGCUUAGAGCCUGGCCACCCUGUCUAUAUAUUAUACUCUUCCGGUACGACAGGGGCACCUAAGCCUAUUGUUCAUGGAUCGCUUGGAACCUUGCUGCAGCAUAAAAAGGAACACAUGCUCCAUUGCGAUAUUCGCCCUGGAGACCGCUUGUUCUACUUUACUACUGUCACUUGGAUGAUGUGGCAUUGGUUGGUCUCCGGGCUGGCUAGUGGUGCCACCAUCGUUCUGUACGAUGGUUCCCCCUUUCGACCAUUUGACCCUGAAGGCGGGAAUGGAGAGAUGGCCAUGCCACGUCUAAUUGAUGAAUUGAAGAUAACCCACUUUGGAACUUCGGCAAAGUACCUGUCUAUCCUGGAGCAAGCUUCCCUGAACCCGCGAAAGCACCCCCAUCGGCCGGUAACGCUGCAAACCCUGAGAGCGAUAUUCAGCACUGGCUCUCCGCUGGCGCCCUCCACAUUUGAGUACGUCUACUCAUCUUUUCACCCUGAUAUUAUGCUGGGUUCAAUCACUGGCGGAACUGAUAUUCUGUCCUUGUUUUGUUCCUGCUGCCCUAUCUUGCCGGUUCGCAAGGGUGAGAUUCAAUGUCGCUGUCUAGCCAUGGCCGUUUCUGUAUACGACUACGCAGGCAACGACAUUAGCGCUUCUGGCGAACCAGGCGAUCUCGUCUGUACAAAGCCUUUCCCUGCACAGCCGGUCAUGUUCUGGCCACCUGGGGCUGUUGGUGCAGAGAAAUACCGCAAGAGUUAUUUUGAUGUUUUCGGACCAUCGGUCUGGCAUCAUGGAGACUUCGUGCGCUUGGAUCCUCAGACUGGAGGGGUAGUCAUGCUAGGUCGGAGUGAUGGCGUCCUGAAACCGGCCGGAGUUAGGUUUGGAAGCGCAGAAAUCUACAAUAUUCUGCUCAAGCACUUUGCAGAGGAAGUGGAGGACUCUUUGUGCAUUGGACGGAGGCGAGACGGAAUUGAUGCAGAUGAGACUGUCGUCCUUUUCGUGAAGCUAGCCUCGCAGGAAACGACCAUACCGCAGGAGCUCGCGGCACGUAUUCAAGCCACUAUCCGCAAGGAGCUCAGCCCUCGGCAUGUCCCAGGUAUAGUGGACGCUUGUCCAGAGAUUCCAGUCACGUCCAAUGGCAAGAAAGUCGAGAAUGCCGUGAAACAGAUUUUGUGCGGCCUGAAUAUCAAGAUCGGCGCCAGUGUUGCGAAUGCCUCUUGCCUUGACUGGUAUAGAGCAUGGGCUACGGCGAAUCCGUAA